CAAGAUCUGAGUGGAUAGUUCAUCUAAGUUCGCCUUAGCUUGUUCUCCAUUAAAAAAAAAAGUUUUUCUCCAUUUACAAUAUUUAAACAGAUCAUUGAAAAUGACCCCCGGAGUUUCCAGUUAUCAGUACACUGAAGGUCCUCAGUCCAUCUCCUUUUCUGGAUCAGGGUUCCUGGCCACCUACCAGUUAGGCGUCGCCCAGUGCUUCCUACAUUAUGCACCCUGGAUACUUCACUCCGCACCUAGCAUCCUUGGCUCAUCUGCUGGUUCUCUGGUAGCAGCUGCUGUGGUUUGUGAAAUGAAUCUAAUUACCAUUCGGGAUGAGAUGAUUCAUUUUGCCAAGGAAGUGAAGUCUUUUACCCUUGGACCACUGAACCCCUCAGUCAAGCUUUUUCACUGGCUGGAAUGUAUUUUAAACAAGCAUCUUCCGCCUAAUGCGCACCAACUGGCCAACCGUCGCCUUGCUGUUACCAUGACCCGUCUGACGGAUGGCGAGCAAAUUCUCAUGUCUGAUUUUGACUCCAAAGAAGAUGUAGUACAGGCACUGCUUUGUAGCUGUUUUUUGCCUGGUUACUGUGGUUUUGUACCUCCAUCAUUCAAAGGAGUAUUCUAUUUGGAUGGUGGCUUAAGCGGCAUUCAGCCUAUAGCGCCUGGAUCCUCCAGUCGCACACUGACCGUGUGCCCAUUUUCUGGAGAGAGUGACAUCUGCCCUGGCGACGCACCAUGUUGGCUGGACAUUGUAACGCAUGGUGUCACUUUAAAGGGCAAUUUAGACAACAGCUUCAGGUUCAUCAAUGCCAUUUACCCAACUUUGGAGAAUAUGGAGGAAGCCUUUCACAGUGGCUACAAAGAUGCUGUUCAUUUCCUUCAGAGUAAUGGGCCACUUAGCGUUAAUCAGAAUAUCACAUGGCUUCAUCUGGAAACCAUGAAAGAUGAAGAGGAGAAGAAGAAGCUGGAAAACGGGACGACCCAGCUGACAUCUUUUAUAGACAACGGAACCAUUCAGAUGAGCGACUCGACCACACAGGAAGCUGCACAAUAUCCUCCUCUCCAUUUUGAUACUGUGAAAAACGUGUUGCUGAGCAACGUGAUGACUUAUCUGAACAUGUUUGGACUCCCUGCAAGAAUCCUAUCCUACCUGCUCCUGCCCCUCAUGCUGUCUUAUUACGCUGUGCUGCAGAACAGGGACAGGCUGGAGUUGCUGUUCAAGCAGAUGCCUGAGCUUCUUCUGUUGACUUGGCACACCAUGAGAGUUUUCACCUUUUUCUUUUUCGAAGGAGCUGUCUCUACCAUCAAGAAGAAUAUAAAUGAAAACAUCAUGCCGGUCGCCCGGGCGCUGUGGCAGAAAGACCAGGCGCAGGCUGAGGCAUCACAAGGCCGGAGGCAGCCAUCGCCUUUCAAUGAGUUUUCUUCACGUUCAGAGAAUGCCAGUGAAAAAUCAUCUCCGGUUUACAAGAAACCAAAACAACAGUCUUUGUGAAAUACUGCUGUAAACAAGUGAAGUGCAGAUUUCCAUUUAACAUUUUCUAAAGUGUUGAAGAGUUUGCAGGCUUGUAAUUUACGAAAGCUGAGUACAGUAUCUGUAUCUAUGUUUUCAUACUUGUGAAAUUGUGUUGCUGAGGCAGUGGAGUGCAGACCUUCACAGUUGUUUUGUCAUUAUUGGUUCUUUAACACUCAACGUUGUGCUGGAUGUAGAAUCCUUUAAAGAAUUUAUGAAGAAGUUAUGAAACCAAACAAAACCUGAAGGUGUUUGACCUGAAGAUGGUAGGAUGUAAAAGGCCAUUGAAAGGUGGUAAUCAACCCUUCAGAAUUACUUUCAUUUCCUUGGAGAACAUUAUAACUACAAUCUUUAAAAUGCACUAUAGUUAAGCUCUUCUAGGAAAAAGUCAACAUGUCUUAGUCUUCAAAGAAACUAAUGAAAUGUUUUAUAGUUUAACGUCAUUUUUAAGCACAAAAUGUGACAGCAAGUGGUUGUGGUCUGUCUGAAAAUGCCGUCCUGUUUGUCUACAGUAAGUGCUCUUUCAGAGUUGAAAAAUCAGAACAUCACUGACAAAAACACUCAUGGUUAAGAAUUUAGCUGCAGGGUGACGGUCAGUCCUGUGAUGAGCUGUUACACAAUAGGGCUCUUUCAUCGUUACCUCACUAUCAUUUUACAGCGAUUCGGUGGUGAACCGCUGUUGCCUACGGCAUGUCUUCAUUUCAUUUCCAGACGUAGCUUCAUAACGAUCAAGGAAUUCUGGAAAGGGCACAAAUACUAAUGUGUGACAAGGCAAGUUUGAUGUCAAAGGAGCAGAAACCUACUUUCUAAGGCUUAUUUGCCUUGUUUCAAGUCUUUGUGUUGCUUUUCUAAAAUGUAGCUGUUAAAAGCUCCUGUCUUCCAGUCUGUGCUUGAUGCUUUUGGUUUCAUUUGAUCAGCCUGUUGUUAUAAAUUAGGCUAAAUUGAGUUGUAGCCUUAGGACCUUCUUCAUGUUUGAUGCUUUUCUGCUUAAUGACAUUUACAAUAUUGGGAUUAAAAUAAAGCAGUUUUUUUUAAAUGAUA